AGGUGGCCGAGUGGUUAAGGCGAUGGACUGCUAAUCCAUUGUGCUCUGCACGCGUGGGUUCGAAUCCCAUCCUCGUCGUCAAAUUUUCUUUUAAGAAUCUUUUGAAUUGAAAAGUAUUCAUAGUUAUUUACCUCCCUCCUGCAAACAAGCAAACCAAUGACACUGUGACAUUGUGAUGUUCUGUGCUUUACUCAGCAUAACCAUUCCAUACAAAAUGGAGAGGGGUGGAUUGGCGUAUACUGUCAUGUACACAGGAACAAAUGAAAUUAUUAGAAAAGAAAUGGCAAUCGUUAAAAAGAUGUGAAAAGGAAAACCCAUUUCUUCUUUUUUCACCUUUCAUUCUGUUUCUUAUGUUUUUUUUUGUUUUUUUUCGUUCUUUCUUUUUAUUCUCUUUCUUUUUUUUCCUCUCCACUUUUGGGGCGUGGAGCUAUCUCCAAUCCUCCUCCUCGUUCCUACCACCAUUGGUGCGCCAGUGGGUAAUUCCGUUCGUGGGCUGUGAAAAAGUGCAAUGCCACAUAUUUGGGCGGAUGUUGUCCUCCCAUUGACGGAAAUGUUUAUAUUCCGCAGCCAUCGCUCAUGUGACGAGGAAACGUUGGCCUUCACAUUACACAUAUUACAUAUAUAUAUUUUUAAAAUGCGCGAAACAUUACAUCUACACAAAGUAUGCAUAUAUCCUGGCCCACUGCAGUAUACAAAUAAAACUUCUCGCCUGAGAGGGUUUGUGAUACUUUCUUCAGUCGGUAUACAGAAGAUAAACGACGAAUUCUUGAAACAUGGAUAGUGGAGGAUCGCAAGUGCCACAACUUACAUGGGCUCAGUAUCUAUACCACAGGAUAUCGGCGUUCCUCUAUGCUCCGGAUCGAGGGGUCUUGGCGCGAUUGUAUGACCGAUUGUAUGGGCGGCUGACCGAUCGGACCUAUCAAUACGUCACUGAGCAUGCGCAGAGGGGAGAUCCAGACAGUAUCAUGAAGGCGUUGGAUCGUUUCAACCGUGAACAGAAACGGACAUUCUGCCUCGGUGACGAAAAAGCACCCAUCGUGAGGAAGAUCGUGCAAGAAACGAAACCGAAGACGUGUCUGGAGCUCGGCACUUUAAUCGGCUACUCGGCUAUCAACGCCGCUCGGGAUCUUCCGGAAGGAUCGCUCUACUUAAGUGUGGAGCCUGACGAAACUCGAGCUGCUACUGCGAACAAGAUGAUCGAAUUUGCAGGAUUACAAGAUGUGGUCCAAAUCAUCGAAGGUUUUUCUACCGAAGUCAUUCCAAAUCUCAAAGACGACUUCGACAUUGCCUCUUUUGAUUACGUGUUCAUUGAUCACGUAAAAUCUUUGUACAAACCCGAUCUCAUCCUCCUCGAAAAGCACGAACUUCUGAAGACUGGAACCGUAGUCGUUGCGGACAACAUGGUCAUACCAGGGGCACCGGAAUAUAUGGAGUACGUUCGAAAUUCACCGAAGUACGAAUCGGAAUACUUCGCGAGUACGCUCGGGUAUGAUACCAAUCUACCGGAUGGUAUUGAGAAAUCAACCUUUGUUAUGUGACUUGGUUGAUUGAUUUGCUUUAUUGUCCACAUUAAAUGGAAAUUCUUUUUGCACAUGGUUAUUGGUUACAAGGUAUAUACAGUACAUAAAGCAUAGGUCAAUAGAACACAUUUUAAAUUACACGUUGCUCAUUAAUCACCUAGUAGGUCAUAAUUUAAGCUUAACCUUUAUAAAAUCAACACUAAAUUUUAGAACAAUAAUAAUAAUAAUGAUAAUCGUUGCUCCAUACUCUUAAUCCGAAGGGUCUUAUAACACGACUGCGAUUACUUAUAUCAGCGUUUUUCAAUCGGGGAGCCACAGGACAUCUUUUCGGGUGUCGCGAGAAAAACUAAAUCAAUAUCUAUUAUUUUUGAUCUAUGAUGAAAUUAACGCCAAUUUCGUGAGAACAAAAUAUCAGAAACCGCUAUCUAUUUUCAUCAAGAAAGACAAUUAAGUGUCAUUUUUCCUUGCUCACUUCGCUCACUCGCUUAAAAAAAAAAAAGAAUAUGGUUUUAAGGAGUGAAGUGCCUUAAUACCCACAUGAUUAGUCAACGACAGCGAGGUAACCGAAUAUCGUCACAUUCGGGCAGCAAGGUGCCCGAAUAUAUUUUAUAUGUUUUAGAUAUCCAAAUUACAUUUUUACCAUGUUUGUUCGCUUCACUGUACAGAACAUUUAGAAACGUGAUGAUUCUGGGAACGAGAUACCCGAACAUACUUAUAUUCCUGCAGUGAGGUGACCUAAUAUAUGACUUUUGUAUUAAUUCAUUGGGCAACAAGGUGCCCGCAUACAUAAUAAAAUGUCUUAUCUCGUUAACAAAUUUUAGAAACAAAUUGUGUCCGUACGUGUGUACAUGGCAUUUGAUGGCCAGUUAAUACCAGAGUGAUGGAAAAUACUUCUUCUGAAGUGAAUUUGGGGUUAGGGUGACGCG